UAUCACAGUCGAAUAUAUCCAUAUCCGUGCGUAAUAUGUGGGCUUGCAUUGCACGUGAAGGGAGAAGGUUGGAAUUCCGAUAAAGCAACGAGUAGUGUUGAGUCACACCACUGUCACCAGUCAAUCACAGCCAUUCCUCUGCGGCCUCGCCAAGUCUCUUUCGGUCUUAUUGUUAGGCGAGGAUGUAAUUCUUCGAAACUACCUGUUGAAUCCGCGCAACCGAUAAACUAUGGCGUAUUUGUUGAAAAACUUGACAAACAGCAUCUGGCAUGCGUUUUAUGCUCUGCAAGGUGAAACCCCGGGUAUCGUUGCGAAAUCUAAAUUAAAGGUGUUGACAGCCAACUUUGGGACCUUGAUGGAUCUGUAUGGGGUUGAGAAGGGGCUUGAUGAUUACCGAAGCACUCAGUGGCUGACGUUCGAUCAAUUUUUGUAUUACCUACAGAACGAAGUCUUUUCUUCUAUUUCUGACGCAACACCAAUACAAUCCUGCAGACUUCUUGAAGAACGCAUCGACGAGAUAUGCUGGCUUGUUUCUCGGAAAGCGUACGCAGAACAGAAACACAGAGUCUUUGAAGAUCGUAGCGUUUAUCAACUCUUCAGAAUAUUCUGUCUUUUAGCAGAGAUGGGAACACAGAACACAGAGUCAUCGUAUCUCAUAACAAUGCACAGCAGCGAGGUGGCUCAAAUAUCUUCCCAGCUGGUGACGUCUUUAGGUCUUCAUUGGGAUUCUGCAGACUUCAGCGAAUUAUCUGCAGCGUUGACUGCAUUCAGAUUCCCCACAUUUCUGGCAGUGUUGGAGUCCAAGUACAGCGGUGGAGGGUCUUUAGAUGCAGCUGCUGUAGCCGAGGCCGUAGAUGACCUUUACCAGAUCUACGUUAAUGACGUCAUUAAAAAAGGAUAUCUGGUCAAAAAAGGAUUUCUCUUGCCAACAACGCGAUACUACUGGUUUGUCCUUCGACCGGGAGAAUUGACUUAUUACAAAGAUGCCCAGCAGAAAGAUCCUGCUGGAGUGAUAACUCUAAAUAUAAACUGUUGGGCGGAUGCUGUUAACAAUUCUGGAAAACCAGAUAGAAAGUUUAUUCUGAGUACACCAGAACACAAGGCAAUUGAACUGAUUGCUGAAGAUCACAGGGGCAGGUUGCAGUGGUUAGCGGCACUGCAAAUUGCCAUUGAUCAUUCUGGAGAUAGAAUUAGCUAUCAAAGGUCUCUAGCGAUUCAAAGACGAUCCAUGCGGCUGGCUGAGAAACAACUGAAAGAAGAAACAGGGAUGGAAUUGCAGCAUGAACGCCAAGCACGGAUUGCCGCAGAGUUACAAGCAAGAAAGCUGGAGGCGUUAUCUAGAGAAGAAGGAGCCAAGGUACAAGAGCUUGAGGAAAUCAAAGUAAAACUUGAAAGACUUCUGGAGGAGGAAAAGCAAGCCUUACAAGACGAAGAAAUAGUCCGAAAUCUUCAAGCUCGAGUAUUGAAAGAAGAAUGGGAAAGGAGAGAGCAGUUAGAAAAACUACAACAAGAGCAACAGGAACUCCUUGAAUCAGAAAGGUUGAAGCGUCUUGAAUUUGAACAAAAACAGCAGGAAAACGAACUAAAAUUGCAGGAAGCAGCAGCAAGACUUGAGCAGCUAGAAUCAGAACGACAGGGUCUCGAUGCAGAGCUGAGGUCUGUGCGGGAAAAAGUAAGACAAGCUGAAGGAGCUCAAAUACUAUUAGAGGCGCAAAUUGUUGUAACCAGGCCUUUGAGAGGAGGUGAACGAAUCAGACGUACUCAGAGCAUGAUUCCUACUAGUAAGGAUAGGUCUGAUGCAAUAGAGUAUUUAAAAGAUCGGGUUACUUCCACACAGGAGAACAUUCACCCAGUACCGUAAACGCUGUAU